UAUGACAAAAUGGCGGAAGUUUCAGAACUUUCUCUUGGCGACACCGGUAGCACAAACAAGACUGAUCAGAUCGAACAAACUGCAAUAACUCCAGCAAUGGCGUUACAGAAAACAGAAGAAGCUGUUAAUGACCUUUUCGAGUAUCGAGAUCGUUAUUUUGAAAGGUUUGGUGUGGAAAAAUCUCAUAAAAAGGCUGAUGACGUGAAGGCAAAGUUGAAAGAGACGUUGCACUUGAUCAGCGAGAUGAGAGACAAAAUCAACAACAAGGCAAUGCUAAAUAUGUUGCAAGGUAAAGCACUGAAUGUGACAGCAGACUUUGAUGAAGAGGCCCUGGAUUUACUGUCCAAAGCCGUCAAACUCGACCCGAAGCUCUUGGAAGCUUGGAAUCAUCUGGGUGAAUGUUACUGGAAAAGUGGCAAUAUCCCAUCAGCUAAGAACUGCUUUACAGGAGCUCUCAACUACCAAAAGAAUAAAGUCUCUCUGAGGAACUUGUCGAUGGUGUUGCGUCAACUGAGUGGUCCUCCAGCGGAGAAAGUGAGUUUGAUUGAGGAGAGUGUGGAGAAGGCCAAGGAGGCAAUACAGCUGGAUAUCAAAGAUGGAACAUCGUGGUUGAUUCUGGGCAAUGCCUACCUGUCUCUGUUCUUCACUGCUGGUCAGAAUCCGAAGGUUUUAAAGCAGUGCAUGAGUGCAUACGCCCAGGCGGAGAGAGACCCAGUUGCCCAAGGGAACCCAGACCUGCAUUUUAACCGUGCAACAUCGUACCAGUACCAGGAGGAGUAUCAGCUGGCGCUGGCGGGCUUUGCACAGGCAACGCUCUUGGACCCAGGAUGGGAGGAGCCUGGCGAGAAGGAGACGCAGCUCUUGCAGUAUCUCGACACGCUCACCGACAUGAUCAACACAAAGGGCAAGAUGAAGGGGAAAAAGUUCGAGUCUCUGGUGCAGUCAAUGAACGAAGACAAGGACUUGGGUCCAUACAGAGGAGGGUCCUACACAGGGUCCAAGGGAAAGUCUGUGACAUUGAAGAAAGUGAAACUGUCAGAUCUUCAACCUGAGAUUAACCAUGAGCGAGUUGUGACAGGAAAAGUUGUGUGCACCCUCAGUUCCCAGGAAGCCCUUACAUUUACUUUCUGCAUGGUUGACGAAGACCAAACCUGCUUUCCUGUGAAUGUCUACAACAUCGCGAAAGGAUCUGGGGUGAAGAUCGGGGACUCAGUGGCAAUACCAGACCCGUAUGUCCAGCUGGUCAAGGUCAACCAUAAAGGAAAGGUGUUCGAGUUCUCCGGUAUCCGAGUGGACCUCCCAGUCAUGCUGGUUGUCAAUGGCAAGAAGCUGGGGCUGGACAAACAAGCUAUGUCUGUGCUGUCGGUCAGCGCCAUGUCAGAAUAGUGCUCUGUCUAUCUGUGAUCUUUACUGUAUAUAUUUAUUUAUACAAUAAAUCUAUUUUUACAGCAUA